AUGGAGAUCAAGGACCUUAAAGAGCUUAAAUGGCCUCCUAGAAUGCAGUCAUUACCUGAAAAUAGAGACAAAACCAAGAGGGAUGUUUCAGGAUCUUACACUAACCAUGAAAAACGCUCGAGGAACAAUAAGAACAACAUACAGGAAGGGUGUGGUAGUGAACCGCCAACGGCAGGCACGAUUAACGUUAUUGUCGGAGGAACAACUUCAGGAGGAGACACUAAUAGUGGACAUAAGCAGUAUGCUAGACAGCUUCCAGCCUCUUCCAAUAUAGAUCUUGCUCAUACGAAAGAUAUCACCUUCGGGUCAAAGGAUUUGGAAGGAAUAUCCUUUCCCCAUGAUGACGCCUUAGUCAUAUCAGCUGUCAUAGCUAACUUUGAGGUCAAGAGGAUUCUUGUGGAUAACGGAAGUGCAGCUAAUGUACUGUCUCAUGAAGCUUUUGUUCAGAUAGGUAUCUCAGUAGAACAACUCAAGCCUGUUAAAACACCCCUCCAAGGAUUUGGUGGCGGGGUCAUUACCCCUGAAGGUAUUGUUGGGUUACCCAUGACUUUGGGAUCUGAAGGUCGGCAGCUUUCAGAGCUCGAGCUCGAGCUUGAAAAUCGUGGGAGACUCACCCCGGUAGAGGAGUUGGUCAAGGUCGAGCUCGAGCCUGGUAGGAAGGUGAUAGUAGGACGUGACCUUGAUUUAACCAUCAUGGCUAAACUCAUAAGUUGUCUCUCCCAAAACCAAGACGUACUCGCUUUGACAGUUGAAGACAUGCCGAGAAUUGACCCCGAGGAUAUAGUACAUAGGCUCAAUGCUAAUGGGAAGUGGCGAGUUUGUAUUGACUUCACUGAUUUGAACGAAGCAUGUCCGAAAGAUAGCUAUCCCCUACCUCGGAGUGACAGCCUCAUUGACAGCACUUCGAGUCACAAAUUGUAUAGCUUUUUGGAUGCAUUCUCAAGAUACCAUCAAAUACCAAUGGCCACAGAAGAUCAAGAGAAGACCUCAUUCAUGGCCGAUUCAGCCAUCUAUUGUUAUAAGGCCAUGCCAUUCGGGUUAAAGAAUGUGGAUAAUCAUAUCACCGAUCUCAAAGAAGUGUUUUCCACGCUGCGGAAAUACAACAUGGAACUUAACCCGACAAAAUGUGCCUUUGGGGUAGCAUCAGGAAAGUUUCUAGGUUUUAUGAUCACAAAUAGAGGAAUAGAAGCCAAUCCUGACAAAAUCCAAGCCCUAAUAUCUAUGGAAGCCCCAAAAACCAAAAAAAAAAUCCAAAAGCUUAUAGGUCGAGUAGCAACAUUGAACAGAUUUAUCUCUCGGGCAGCGAACAGAUGUUUCCCCUUUUUCAAAGUUCUAAGAGGUAACCAGAGCUUUGAAUGGAAUGAUGAAUGUGAUCUAGCCUUCCAACAGCUUAAGCAAACUUUAGCUGUACCUCCGGUUCUUGCCAAACCAGAGCCUGGUGAUACUUUGUUCCUUUACUUGGUUAUCUCUCGAAAUGCCGUAAGUGGGGUGCUAGUAAAGGAAAAAGGAAAAGUGCAACAACCCAUCUGCUAUGUCAGUAAAGUACUUCUUGACACCGAAACUCGGUAUACCCUUGCGAAACAGUUAGCUCUUGCCUUCAUAGUAACUACUAGAAAGUUGUGGCAGUAUUUCCAAUCUCACCCCAUAAUAGUUCUCACCAAUCAACCACUCAAGCACAUACUUCAGAGGCCAGAUGUUUCAAGAAGGUUAUUAAGGUGGGCGAUCGAGCUUGGUGAGUUUGAUAUAGAAUUCAAGCCUCGACCUUCUAUUAAGGCACAGACUUUGGCCGACUUCAUAGCUGAACUCACUCCAAAACCACAAGGGCCCAAAAUAAAAAAUCAAAGCAAGACCUCGAAAACCUGGGAGAUAUUUGUCGAUGGGGCAUCAAAUAGCUCAGGCUCGGGUGUUGGGAUAAUUAUCAUCAGCCUGGACAAGGUCACUGAAGUUCAAUGCGCGCUUAGGUUUGAGUUUGAAGCAACCAACAACGAAGCGGAAUAUAAAGCCAUGGUCAUUGCUCUCGAACUCGCCAGAAGUUUGGAAUUAGAGCAUAUUAGAGUCUUCAGUGACUCACAGCUCAGACAGUUCACAAGUUGUGAAAUAUUGAAAAUAGCAAGAGCAUAUGACUCCAAAGCUGACGCACUAUCCAGGCUCGUUUUCAUGAGGAUAGAUGGACUCGACAGAGCAGUACACAUCAAGAUUGUCAAAGAGCCUAGCAUAAACACGAAGCCGAGCGUCAUGGACAUUGACCAUGAGCCUUCCUGGAUUGAUCCAAUAGUUGAGUAUAUAAGUAAUGGAAACCUACCUCCUGACCCUCGUAUCGCAAGGAGUAUUCGGGCAAAAGUUGCUAGGUAUUGUAUUAUCAGAGGGGUACUGUUUCGAAGAUGUUUCACACUUCCCUAUUUGAGAUGCCUCAAACCUUUCGAAUCUCUUCAAGCCCUGACUGAGGUUCACGAGGGAAUAUGCGGAAAUCACCAGGGAGCCAGAGCCCUUACCUACAAAUUAACAAGGUAUGGGUACUACUGGCCAACUAUAAAGAAAGAUACAACUGAAUAUGCUAAAAGGUGCGACAAGUGUUAG